ACUUACCGCGAAUGAAGGACCAGGUGAGCUAAAAAUAGAAUCAGAAACGUGUGAAUAUCUGCCAAAAUCAUGAUUCUACAGUACCAGAUUUUAUAGUCUCUGAUUCAUGUUUGAGUUUACGUUGGAUAUGACAAAGUUUUAUUAAUUUACGUGAAACUCUGAUUUGACUCUCCUUACAAAGUCGGUGACGUCACGACCUACAUAAUGACCUGACAUACCACACUGUUGUUGACAAGACUUGUGUUAAUGUGGUUGUUGAAACUUGAAUCUAGACCUAUAAGCUUUAGAUCGUACAAUUUCUUCUUCUCACUUACGAUAUCAACAUAUUUUCGAGUGUUUUGGCGUGAGUUGUUCGAUAUGUAGGUCUGUAAAAUGAUGUUAAUUGGAUUACGAUCACAGACCGUCCGUACGUAACUCUGACAGCCAACAACUAGGAUAAGGAUUGUUAAUACGUUACGUACCAAUAUUUUCAGGAAGUAGAUGUCAGUCAUGGAUGAGAAGAUAUCACUCAAGACCGCAGUGUUACAACUGCCCCCCUGUAAAGUGUGUGACGGAAAGGCAUCAGGGAUCCAUUAUGGUGUCAACUCUUGUGAGGCAUGCAAGGGCUUUUUCCGGAGAUAUCUUUCCCGGAAGGAACCAUAUAAAUGUGCCAAAGAAGGGAAAUGUGUUAUUACAGACAGGCCACGUGGGAACUGUUCAGCUUGUCGCAUGGAGAAGUGUUUACAGCUAGGCAUGUCCAAGGAAGCCGUUCGUCAGGGCCGUUACACAUUGACUGAGCGGACAAACACAAUCAUUGAAGUACAGAAGCUUAAAAAAAAAGUGGAGGAAUGCCAAGCACCGCAAGAAUCACCAAAGGACAACAGCCUGACUCCACCAGCGCAAAGCCCAGACUCUGGCAUCAUGUCACAAGCUAGUCCCGUUGAUUCUGACACUUCUGCGCUGUCCGAUACACUGAUCAUGAUGUGUAUCCGUGAAGAUUGUGACAUGAUGGAGUUUUCUCCCAACUCCCAGUCAGAGUUAACCAAAAGUUGUGGAUGUGCACAGACUGGUACAGACAGUAAAAACAUAAAAUCUGUUUUGGAUGAUUUGAUUCCUAGGCUUACAAAAUAUGUUGAGGAUUUAUCGCCGGUGUUGUCUAAAUUGACUGACGAGGAAAUUCACUCUUUACAUGUAGCUGCUUAUAAUAAGUUCUGUAUGAAGCAAGAAGUGUUUGGGUCUUUGGAACCAGUCUCUACAGAAGAGUACAAUCAUCUCUAUGAAGCUACAGGUCUCGAUGUAGAUGGACGUCUAGGUCGUCUACAGAAGUAUCACACUUUCUUUGAGAGCACAGUAAAAUAUUAUGUCAAGUUCUCGCGGCUCAUUCCAGAAUUUCGGGACCUACCAGUGACUGAUCAGGAAUCACUUCUCAAAGCAUCCGAGUUCGAGUUUUUCAUGAUAUUGGAGUACCGUUCAGUUGAUCCUGAUCUCCAGAUGUUACUAACAGUGGGUGGAGAUGUCUACCACAUCAACGAAGUCAGCAUGUGCUAUACCAAGGAAGUCAUGCUGUCCUGGUUUGAAUUCUCACGUGUUAUUCGGCGCCUCAAUCUCAGUGAUAAAGAAAGAGCGCUGGUACUCUCUAUCUCUCUGGUUUUUAGAGAUCGUUGCAAAUUAGCAGACCCAGAAAGAGUGGAAAGAAUACAGCUGACCCUGAUUUCCUAUCUACGCUACGUGCUGAAGGAGCGAUACGGCCAGCAGGAAAUACAUAUGUUUUCCAAAAUUAUGAACAUGUUUUCAUCCUUCCGGGUACUAACUGAGAGUUACCUGAAACAGCACCAGGAACUUUGUAAGGAUAAACUCCUUUCUAAGAUGUUUCCAGAAAUGCUACAAUUCCUAUUUGAGGAUGAUUAGAUGUGUGUGUGCUGUUAUCAGUGUCAUAUCUAACACUCAUCACAUUGUGGCCUCAGGCAGAAUAUGGUAUCACAUUGAAGGCUCCCUAAAUAAUAUCAACAUGUGCAACCUCUGUUAUAUGUAACAUAAUUAGUUCUAUUUUUAGCUCACCUGCUGGAAGGGGCCAUCCAGCAUCAACAUUUUCAUUCAAACGAUUUCUUCUCGAUAAAAAAGUUGCCCAUAGAUCUAAUAUUUUGCCUGCAGCACGUUGGGGUGAAGGGCAACCAAAUUUGUCCUAAUGGGUGACCUUGAACUACAUUCAAGGUUCCAGGGGGUCAAGUACACUUUAAACAAAUUCUUCUCAAUAUGCCAGUCCUAGACACCAAAUAUUGAGCCUGUAGCGUGCUGGGGUGAUCAUGAGGGGCUACAAAAUUUGUUGAAACGAGUAUGGUUAACCUACUCUGAAAUUUAAAUGAAGAGGUAUUCAAUUCCACAUAAAUGACAUAGAUCAGCUUUAAAGUUACUUGUAGCAGGUGAGUGAUACAGGCCCAUUAGGCCUCAUCAGCUUACUUGCUUUAAAUGACCAGUAAGGUUAUUCAAUGGUUGCGGUGGCAAGUGGUUAAGGUGUCCCAACAUUUUAUCACUAGCCCUCCACCUCUGGGUCGCGAGUUCGAAACCUACGUGGGGCAGUUGCCAGUUACUGACCGUAGGCCGGUGGUUUUUCUCCGGUUACUCCGACUUUCCUCCACCUCCAAAACCUGGCACGUCCUUAAAUGACCCUGGUUGUUAAUAGGACAUUAAACAAAAUAAACCAAACCAGGGUUGCAGUGUCUACCAAUCAGUAACAUUUUUAGGUCUCCUGAGACAAAGUCUCAUUUGACCUAUUCUAAUCACCUUUCUUGUUAACAAAGAUGCCUAGUUCGUGACAUUGGGCCAUUAGCAUGCUUUAAUGCAGGGCUAAAGAAGAGAAUUUGUUUUGUGGAAUGAUUUUUAUCUACUUUCGAGUUCACAGGGCUCAAAUGUGUUUAACGUGUGGUUUUUAGCUCACCUGCCCAAAGGGCAAGUGAGCUUAUGCCGUGGUGCAGCGUCCGUCGUCCGUCCGGCCGUCCGGCCGUCCGGCCGUCCCUCCGUCCGU